CGUCAAAAUUCCGCGCGCGCCGCGUCGCAGUACGAAUCCCGCCUUCGUGGUGUGCACAUCGCGCUCGUCCCCCGUCUUCUCUCUCGCCGGAGGAUUCUUUACAAACAGCCGAAGAAGCGAUCAUGGCGGUCUCUCUGAACACCGAGGACAAGUUGGAGUACCAUUUCUACCCCGUGACGGCCGGGCAGAUCCAGUUCCGGGUAAAAGCGCCGAACGAUGCCCACAUCGCCCUCACCACGGGGCCCCAGGAGGGGGAUCCGAUGUACGAGGUCUUCCUCGGUGGAUGGAGCAACAACAAGUCCGUCGUGCGCAAGAAUAGAACCAAGCCGGACGUGGCGGAGACGGAGACGCCCGGCAUCCUGAGCGCGGACGAGCAUCGCGGCUUCUGGAUCAGAUGGGACAACGGUAUCCUCACGGUGGGCAGAGAGGGCUCCUCGGCUCCUUUCCUGAACUACGCCGACCCGGAGCCGUUCGGGAUCGGUUACUUCGGCGUCUGCACCGGCUGGGGUGCCACCGGUGAAUGGCUCAUCGAAGGUCGCAAACCCUUGAACACUCGUAACGAGCUACAGUACAAGUUUCAUGCCGUGCGAAGCGGCUCGGUGAUGAUCGACGUGAAAGCUAAGAGCAACGGGCACAUCGCGUUGACUAGCCAGAAGGGCGAGUCGAGUCCCAUGUACGAGAUCAUGCUCGGCGGGUGGGAAAACAAGGCGUCGGCUAUUAGAUACGAUCGCAAACAGCCCGACAAGGUGCGCGUGGACACGCCGAAUCUUCUCAGCGACCGCGAGCACAAGAGGUUCUCGAUCACGUGGCUCGAGGGCCUCGUCACGGUCAGAUCGGGCGGUCCGAACGGCGCCGUCCUCAUGGAAUGGCGAGACCCGAACCCCAUCGGCGUGAGCUACGUCGGCGUGCGCACCGGUUGGGGCGCGACCGGGAACUGGAAGCUGCGUGUCGAACAUUACCCCCCAGUCGCUACCGAUCGAAAGAAACAUCCCGGCACGACGCCGUCCGCGCCGCAGGAAGUCCGUGGGCUCGACGCGGGAAGCGUGUGCUGGUGCGACGCGUCCGGCGGGAUGGUACCACCCGACGCGGUUGAGGGUGGAAACGACGGCGAGCCCCUGUUCGUCGGUAGAGCCCACCAUGAGGGUGCCCUCAUCCCCGGCAAGGUGAAGCCCAGUCACUCCGUCUGCUACGUCGCCUGGGGCGGCGGUGAGCAUGGAAAGUCAGACUACCAGGUUCUUUGCGGCUGCAAACCUACGUGGGUGCCGGUGAACGACGGUGAUAUCCCGUCGAACGCGAUUCCGGGAGGCGAGACCGAAGACGGCGAGCCGCUGUUCGUCGGCCGUGUACACCACGAGGGCACCGUGACCAUCGGCAAGGUGCAGGAAUCCCACCACGUGUGCUACGUACCUUACAACGGUUCCGAGAUCGCCUUUCCCCAGUACGAGAUCAUGGUCGGGCAAUAAUCGUCCGGAGAGAUCCACGAAGAAAGAAAUCCUGUGGAAUUCGUCAUCGACUUAUCGGCAGUUCUGCGAAGAAGAUAGCAAAGCUUUCAGUUUCAAACAACAAUUUUAUAAUUAAUCAGAGAAGAUGCCUUUCUCGAUCGUCUUGGUAGCCUAACAAUAAUACUUUUGAGUGAAUUUUCGUAUACUUUUCCCAACUCAGUAAACGCGCCGAUUUAUCGGUUUUAAAACAUAGCUUUUUGUUGGAGUAAAUCUGCAUAUUUAAAUCGACAAUCAGUUUUGAUGCUGAUAAGCAUUCUUCUCUAAUUAAUUGUAAGAUUCAUAUCGGUCUAUUUUUACAAUUUUACAAUUGUAUUAUAAGAGUAAUUGUUGCGCAAAAAGGAGGAAAUUGAGUGGAAUCUCUAAAAAUUCCUUUCUUGAUGAUUUGAAAAGAUAGAUUCAGCGAUUUGUAUUUCAGUUUUGAUCUAUCAAAAUUUUACAAGACAAUUCGUUUAUUGAUCUUAUUUAAGCGAAAUGUGUUACAAAGUAUAAUAAUAAGGAAUCUCAAGUGUGCAAACUAGUCCAAUUACAUAGUAAGUCGAUAACUUUGGAAAGAUACUGUAGAACUGAUCGAUAAGCCGGAGAUGUACUGUUCGCUAUCGUCUAUGCAAGCGUCUGCUUUUCGCACGGAAUAUAAUUGCAGUCACGCUAUAGGAAGAGAAAGCAAAUCAAACGGCGAUAUAUGCGCUAUAUAGAUAUAUAAAUAAAUAAAUCUUUCUUUAAAUUGGUACCGGAUAUCAUCCGGUUAAGCCAAUUGUUUCGUCGACUCUCCAUCAGGACGACAGUUCAUAGAUACAUAUUUUUAUGGUAGAGCUACCAUUUUGUAACGCACAAUAUACCAUAUGCUUUUCGUCAAAGAGUAUAUUUUCGGAGUAUGUAUAUUGUUAUGACGAAUAGAUUAAACGUACAUCCAAA